CAUAAACAGAGAGAAGAAAAGAGACGAUUCAGUUGUCCAUAGAAACUUCCCCUUGUUUGUCAAACCUCCAACAAUGGCGUCAACAGCAGCAAUGAUUCGUCUCUUUCUCCUCUUUCUUCUCACGGUUUCCCUCCCAAUCUUCUCCGAUGCCCGCCCCUGCAAAUCUCUCUUCGUUUCCUUUUCCGUUCACCGCCACCCAACCCUCGAUUCCCGCGAUCCCUUCUCCGAGAUGGCCAUUAUCGUCGACAUCACCGAGUUGAAAUCCGCCGCAUCUUCUUCUUCUUCUUCCGAUUCCCUUUUCCGCCCCUUCGGUGACGACCUCCUCCGCUUGGAUCUCCCUCGCGAUAGGGCUUUUGUAGCCUCCCAACCCCACUCGCUUCAAGAACUCCCUUUGGGCCUCUCUUAUGACUUCAGCUCCCUUCGUGAUCGUACCAAGGAUAUCCUCAGCGUUGUUGUUGCUUUGCUCUUCGGUGUUGGCUGUGGCGCUCUCACUGCUGCCACCAUGUAUUUGGCCUACUCGUUGUGCUCCAGCCAAUUUAGUCACCGCUCUUCUGUGUACGAUGACCUCUGGGAGGAGGGUGAUUUCAGUGAUGAUAACAAGGAGAAUAUUAAGAAGAUGGGCUACGUCAAGAUCCCCGAGGACGUUGCGGCGGUUAAAUCAGUGGUGUAAUCGACUAUAGAUAUGUUCGGUAACUUGUUGAUGUUUGUUACUUCGUGGUUUUCUAUUUCAUAUACUAAAAAUUAUACUUAUUUAUUGUUUGUUUCUGGAUUGUAAUUGUCUUAAGUGUCAAUCGUGAUCCCUGAAAUAUUAUAUAUGGGUAACUUUAUGGUUAAUUAUCAUCCUUUUCUUUGAAAAUUCUGUUUUUAAACGACGACUGAACUUAUGUUUCCUUGUUGCAUUUCAAUGGGGCAAUGUCUUGCAUUUUAUGUACCAA